AAUCUCGCCCUAAGGAAGAUUCUUAGAGUCUUUAAAACCGCCCUAAUAACUACUCUAGAACUAGAAGCCGCGAUCCUACCCCCGGACGUACGUUUAAAUGCUAAUUUCCGGAAUUACGUACUAAGAACGUUAAAACUUGCUAACGACUACCCUAUUAAGUAG